AUGGCCUCCUCCCAUGCCACCACCACCACCAGUGCUGGCUACCCGAACCCAAACCCAGAUCCUACUCAAAACCUUGCAUAUCCCCCUCCACCUUCGCAUACGGCGCGCACUCCUGCUGCCCUGCAUUUCGACGCCUUUGACGCACCAGCCAACGGCCACGGCCACGAUCCAUACUCUGCCCAUCUCCGUCAAAACACCCUCGCCAACGCUCACACAUCGCAUCCCAUAUACUCACAGCAAGCCGCCAGCUCCUUGGCUGUGCCAUCAUCAAAUCACGGCCGCUUCACCGAGGAAUGGGACGCCAGCCAGCGCGGCAGCAGCAUUAUUGACGGCCACACUGCCAACAACAUGCAGCGCUCCAACUCGUACGCGUCCAACAGCGGCGAGGACCACCUCAGCCUUCCCAGCCGUGGGAACACUCUGAAGAAGAAGAGCUCGCUGCGCAGAAAUGCCAGUCUGAAGCGCAGCGGCAGCCGGCGCAGCAUGAACGCCGGCAGCGUGCGCAGCCUGGCCCUGCAAUCGACCUCGGACCCAGACGAGGCGCACAGCGCUUUCCACUGUCCCGUCCCUACCACCGGCAACCCGACCGAAGUCCUGGCCAACAGGUUCCAGUCAUGGCGCAAGGUGCUCAAGGAUCUGAUUGCCUAUUAUCGCGAGAUCCAAAGCCACUAUGAGACCAAGGCCAAGUCCCUUGUCAAGCUCGCCAAUGUCGCCAACAACAUCUCUACCCCUCCCGGCUUCCUAGCCUCAGGCGGUCUCGUGGAUGCCAUGGAAAUCCUGCGCGUCUACCACAAGAACUCCAUCGUCGAGGCGAACAAGGCCAAAGAGAUCGAGGAGGACGUCAUCCUGGCCCUGACAGGUCUCCGCAGUGACUUGCACCAGAAGAUCAAGGAGAUCAAGAGCUUGUCGGGCGACUUCAAGAACUCAGUUGAGAAGGAGAUGGACGCCACGCGCAAACUGGUCAAGUCUCUGCAAGAGACCAUUGGCCAGAGCGACGCGGAUCCUGCCUCCGCGACCGGCAAGCAGGACCCCUACCUCCUGCGUCUCGCGGUCGACCGGCAGGUGGAGCGCCAGAUCGAUGAGGAGAACUACCUGCACCAGGCGUACCUGAACCUGGAGGCAUCCGGCCGGGAGCUCGAGUCCAUCGUCGUCGGCGAGAUCCAAAAGGCCUACAACGCCUAUGCUGGCAUUCUCAAGCGCGAGUCUGACGCCGCGUACAACGCCAUUGACGAGCUCCGCAUCGGCCCCAUUGCCAUGCCCAAGGACACCGAGUGGACUCACUUUGUCCAGAAGGACGACCACUUUGUCGACCCCGAGAUUCCGGUGCGGUCUGCCCACCAGAUCCACUAUCCUGGUCAAGAUCACCUCACCUGCCAGGAGAUCCGCGCAGGCCUUUUGGAGCGCAAGAGCAAGUACUUGAAGAGCUAUACAGCUGGCUGGUAUGUACUUUCUCCGACUCAUCUCCACGAGUUCAAAUCAGCGGAUAAGGCGCAAGCGCCCGUCAUGUCAUUGUACCUCCCAGAACAGAAACUAGGUUCCCACUCCAGCGAAGGAGGCUCGUCCAACAAGUUCAUCCUCAAGGGUCGCCAGGCCGGCUCGAUGCACCGCGGCCACACCUGGGUCUUCCGCGCCGAAACCCACGACACCAUGAUGGCAUGGUACGAAGAUGUCAAGGCGCUCACCGAAAAGACGCCGCAAGAGCGAAGCGACUUUGUUCGCCACACCCGCAGCCUCAGCCAGUCCUCGCGACGAUCGGUCAGCAGCGACGGCGUCGUCGACGAGGAAGAUGACGAGCCGUUCUCGGCCGACACAGUAGUCGCGGCGGAAACGGGCUCGAAAACAGACAUCCGCCGUCCUCAACCAGGUGGGCGGUUUCCAUCCGAUAUACAAGUCAAUGCGCAGCGAGGCUUACAGGCUCCUCUCUCGCCGUCUAGUAUGAGUUCAGGAUUUGAGAACCAAGGUCCGGGUCAAGACCAGGUUGCCGCGGCCGGCGUGCUGCCUGUGGGUGUUGGCGCUCUCGGCGACAAGAACGACUCGCGGGAGUCUCACCAGGGGUACGGAAACACUGAUCGUGCUCUCAUGGACGACGCGCCCUCGCAUGCCACGAUCGUUAGCCAACAGGCCCGCGAGGAUGGUAUCAACCCUUACACCAACGAACCGGCCCGAGACUCGCAGAUGGUGCCCGACUAUGACAACAACCAGUACUUCAACCAGUCCCAGACGCAAAACUACGUCGUCCCCGUCGCUGGCGUUCAGCGUUCGUCGAGCCAGCGCUCCCAGCGGUCUCAGCGCUCCCAGACGCAGUCAAGCCAGACGAAUCAAAACCCCGGCGUCAUCGCACCCCUUGUCGUAGGCGGCGACGUGCAGCACCACACUUCAGAAUCUCAAGAUCGCUCGCUGGAGACCCCUGGCGGCAACGGCCAGUACGGCCAGUGGAUGAACGGACACAGCGACGGCCAGCACAUUGAUGGCGUCCAGCCUGUGUCCUCGCAGGUUGCUCACCAGCCUGCGUACCAGGCGGCCAACGUCCAUGACACUCGCGACGUGAGCGGCAAGCCCGUCUUUGUGGCUGCCGGCCACCGAAACGACUGGAACGGACAGUUCCAGCAGCAACCCGAGAACAAUGCCACCGACGGGUCUCUGACGAGCCCGACGCAGGCCAACGCCAACUACACCCUCGCUCAGCCCCAGCCCGUGCGACCCACGUCGACCAACAUGCGGACCGACAGCGUGCCCACCAUUUCCAAUCUUCACGUCCCAGGCGAAUAUCCCAAGGCGACCCCUACCACCGAGUCGUUCGACAAGCGCCUCGCCUAG